AUGGAGCUCCCUGAAGGAACACUGACCCUAUAUAAAAAACAAACACGAACCCAAGAAGAACAGUCCCCUGUACAAACUCCAAGGACUCAAAACUUGUGGAGAAAACCAAAGAGGAAGAAGAGCACACCGACAGGAACUCCAAAGCAACUUGUGGUUGCUGAUGACAAUGAUGAUAAAAAGCCCAAAAAGAAAAGAAUGAAACCUGAGAACAACAAACUGAUAAUUGGUCAAGAUCCACGGCCAAUCAGUUCUGAAGAUUCUGUCAAGAAAUUUGAGACAAGGAUGACACCGAACCAUCUCUUCCAACUCAUCACUGAAAUCAAUAAACCAACAGAUCUUACAAAAGAGCCAGAUGCGGUAGAUUAUCGCCAACUACAAAGGCAGGCUAUCAAAGAUAUGGGAUUUGGCACAUUACUGGAUCUCAAAAUCAAAAUUAUUCCAACAGCCUUGUGUAAUUUUCUGGCAAGCAAUUUCCAGACCGGUGCCAGACAAGUCCCAUUGAAUGGGAACAAUGUACUGGAUAUCAAACAGGAAGAUGUUGUUGCUAUACUUGAUCUUCCUUGUGGACCCAAACCAGUGCAAGAAUUCAAACAGAAUGAUCCCGCUAUAACGGACCACGCUGAGAUGGUGGAUGCGUGUGAGUAUGAGAGAGCACAUCUGAGGUCAUUCCCUGUGAUCAAAUCUUGGGACCAAAGGAUGCUGGACGACAGAAUAAGGCUUCAGGGAAGCAAUUUCACAGAUGUCCAGACACUUGAACGUCUCAAGAAACCGUCCUCAGCAACAUCUCGAGAUGAACAACCAGAGGCUGAAUCACAGAAGGAGGAUACACAGGGAAACCCCAACACACAAAAGAUGCCUCCGCCAUCAAGUACAACGCAACUGGAACAAGAGCAGCAGCAACACCAGCAAGACCUCCAGGAUGCACAGAUUUGUGAAUUGUGCAAGAUGGCAUGGAAGUCUGCUGAAAGCAGAUUUGCAACAAUCAUAGAACAGCUGCAACGACAAGUAGCUGACCAACAAGAACAACAGCAACACCAACAAAUUGAUGACAACAUUGUAGAAGCUCCAAUUAAUCUCGCAAAAUUUCAAGACAUUGAAAUUGACAAAGCACAGGGACUGGAGCAAUUGAGCCAGACAAAUGAUGGGGCUUCUAUUGCAGUGGGGAAAACUGUGCCUACUUCAAAAGAAGUGUCAGGAAGACGGUUACGAGACAACCAGGAGAAGAACACUCAGGAAGAUGUCACAGUAAGGGUUGAUCUGGAUGAAGAUGUGAAUGAGACUAUAGAAGCAGAAGAAUAUCCAGUACCAUCUGCUCUGGACGAAACAAAGAAUCCCAUUCCUUCCAUCAAUGAAAUUAUAACAAGGGCCAGUGCACCAGCUUCAGAGUCAUCGAGUGAUACAGAAAAACUAGAGAUCAUUGCAGCUAUUGCAGAACAAGUUGAGAAAAACCCAGAGAAUGUUGCUUCUACCACGGGUCGUCUACUCAUGCUGGACAAAAAUGAGUGUACCACGCCACCGCCUGCAAUCUCAAAGAAAGCUGAAGUACUUGAUGAAGGGUUAACAAAGACAGUGGAAAAGAUCCUCAAUCAAAAACCUAGGAGGAGAAAUCCACCAAGAAUCCACCGGUUGCCCGAACGGUUCAGGUCGCCGUUUAUGCUGCAGAAGAAAAACAAGAAAAAAUUCAUACAGUUGACAGAGGAGAACAAGAAAAUGACCAAAGAAGAAGCCCUGUUGAUAGACUUCGCUCUCUUGCAGAGACAAGAAGAAAUUGUUAAAUCAGCGAGUUUCUUGUUUGAAUUUGGAAAAAUUGUUUGGGCAGACAGGACAGCAUUCUAUUCCAUGAGGGAAGGCACAUGGAUAGAAAACAACAUCAUAGAUGCUUGGGCUGUCAUCCUAAACAAAGAAGAAGCUAAAAGUGACUCCCCAAGUCGGAUAUUCUUUGGUGUUUCCGCAUUUGAUACAAUCAGUCGCUACUAUCAACAGGAUAGUAACAAAGAGGAAAUCGAGUUCACGUUCUAUGAGAGGUUGGCUCUUGAAUUAGAAGGACAAGGACUUAGUGUAGGAUCCCUGAUAGUGGCAAAAGCCAUCUACUUCCCAGUACACUACCGAGAACAUUACUUCUUGUAUGUGUUGCUGGUUCAAGAAAAGAAAGUCCUUGCAUUCAACAAUCUUCAUGCAAAAGAUCUGGACUACUACAAGCCAACAAAAGAUCUACUUUUUCAGUUCUUUAAAAUGUACCUUCAAUGUGUGUUUCCAAACAUAGAACUGGUCAAUGCUCAAUUCACCUUCACAGAGGUUACGCUACCAUCGCACAAUGACAAAAAGCCAAAUGCGGAAGAUUGUGGAAUAUUCACAAUGCACCACAUGGAGAAGUAUGAUGGUGGUGACUACGAGGACGGUACUACUUUGAAUUUCCACACAGGAAACAUCAAAGAGUACCGGUGGAGAUACAUGUUAAAAAUCCUUAUGCACCCAUCCAACAAAAAUAAGGACAAAAUCCUCGAAGCAAUGCACCAGUUCUACAUAAAUACUGCUGAAGAAGAACCAAAAGAAAUCCCAGAUCAUGUUGAUUUGAACAGCAAAUCUUACUACAAUGACAAAAAAAUUCAGGGAUGGGUUAAAUGA